AUGGAUAUUCAUCGCUGCCGCUUUGUGCCCUACCCUCCUUCUGCCAUAAACGCCCUUGCAUUUUCUCAUCCUUCCUCCCCAACACAUCCGGGCAAAGGACCCCAAAGCCUACGAGUUGCGAUUGGCCGAGCCAACGGCGACAUCGAGAUCUGGAAUCCACUUAGAGGCUCGUGGUAUCAGGAAAGCAUAUUUCGAGGGGCAAAAGAUCGAAGCAUCGAAGGGCUAGUGUGGACGCAAGGCCCGGAAGAUGUGGACAAGAGCGGCAAGAUUAUUGCCGGAAAGCUGAGACUUUUCAGCAUUGGAUAUUCGACAGCAGUGACUGAGUGGGAGCUUGGGACAGGGAGGCCCGCACGACACUCGGCAGGCAAUUAUGGAGAGAUCUGGUGUAUGGCAGCGCAGCCCAAAGACCACCUGCUCAAAACCCCUGGAAAAGCGGUGGAAGACCAGAAAAAGAGGAUGAAUCACAGAUACAAGACUUAG